GAGAUCAGCGCUGAGUUCCGCCGUCAUGACGUAAUGCGACCUACUCCAGAAUAGCGCGCGGCGGAGGAGCAGCCACACGGAACCGUUUUUUCUCCUCUUCACCUCCUCUCUGCUCCUCUCUUCUCCUCCUCUCCUCUCCUCCCCGACUGUUUGUUUGUUUUGUUUGUUUGUUUAUUUAUUUAUGUGUGUGUGUGUUCGGUUUGUUCGCCUGGCUCACUUCUUUCCCCGGAGGAGGAGGACGCGCGGAGGGCGGUGAUGUCUGCGCUCAGGGAGCAGCAGUGUUACGGACUGUCCAGCGGUAAACUGAGCCGCGGCGGCGACAACAUCUCCGUUUUUCACGUCAAACUCACUGACAGCGCGGCAAGAGCCAUCGGCUCCUACCAGACCUGCAAGGGUUUGUCUUCACAUCCCACGAUCUGUUUUAAUGGAAACCAAGGGAGAGUCACUAUCCCUUGCUCGGAGAACAGAGACAACCUGAGGAUAUUCACCUUCGGUGUGACCAACGUCGCCCGCAACAAUCCACACGGGAGCUUUGACUGCGUCCAACAGCUCAACACUGGUGCUGCCGAGGAGCUGUCAUGUCUCGGGGUGAUUCAGAAGAAGAUGACAGUCAACGCUACAGAUGACUCGUACGAUAAGGCUCGUCAGAGCAUGGCCCAGGCCGAGGAGGAGACACGCAGCCGGGGGGCCAUUGUCAUCAAACACGGGGGGCGCUACCAGGGCAAGAAGGUAACGGUGCGAGCGCCGGCGCCCGCGCUCGCCGGCCUGACCAAGCCGAGACAAUCCCACCCUCUCCUCAGCAAAAUCAAAAGGGAGGUCGUCGGCAUGUCCAAGCCGAAGAAAGGCGCCUGUGCUUCAAACAGGAAGAGCGUUGGCAACAUGCAGGAGAGGCCGCUCAGGGAGAGAGUGACACACCUGCUGGCUCUGAGGCCGUACAAGAGGCCUGAGCUGAUCCUGAGGCUGCAGAAUGACGGACUGACAGCAGCAGACAAGGACGUGCUGGACUCUGUACUGAUGGAGGUUGGCCAACUCAAUAGCAGAGACAAGACAUUUGUCCUGAAGGACGGUCUGUAUAAGGAGCUGCAGAAGGACUGGCCAGGCUACACCUCGGGAGACCAGCAGCUUCUCAAACGAAUCCUUGUCAGGAGACUGCCACAGGCGAACCUCCUCACCGUCCCAGAGGCCCAAGUCAGUCCACUGCGAGACACCCCCAACUCCUCCCCAGCACACCGUCCAAAACCCUCCCUGCCAGAGGAGUACACUGACCCUCUGUUGAGUAAGAAGCCCAGGAUAUCCCACCUGUCCAACAAAACAGCCAGCGACAAGCCAAGCGCGAGGCCGCCCAAACAAGCGGCUCAUAAAGACGUCACGGAAGCGAAGGGGAACGACGGGCAAAGCAACUCGCUUGAUCCUAGAAAGCUUUUUGACUCCUUGUCGGCAGUCUGUCAGCGCGACGUAGAAGCGGUCGAGAGGCUUGAACCAACCGGCCGUGCUGCGGAGGAGCCCAAAGGCACAGCGGACCACCCGCAACCCAACUCUGAGCGCUCUCCGUCCCCGCUGAUAGUGCCGGAUCUGAACAGACACACAGUGAAAAGGAAGAAGAGCAAACACAAACACAGAGAUCAGGAGAAGGACGGGUGGAGAGACAGGAAAGAAAGGAGAAAAGAUCGCAGUUCAGAGGAUCCAAAGAGCAAAGUCUCUCUGGACUGCACAGAGACAAAUGAAAUUUUGUUUGAAGCUAAUGUGCUUAAAGAGAGCAGCGACGCAACAGACUAUCUAUCGACGUAUACGGGGAUUCGUAGUCAUGACCAGAGACAGAGCUACAAGCAGGACUUUAACAGGGAGUACAGCGAGUACAGAGAUUUACACGCUCGUAUCGACGGCGUGACACGGCAGUUCAUGGAGCUGGACACGCAGCUUAAACGGCUACACCACGAAUCACACAAGUACAAGACGGUUCAUAAUCAAAUUCUUCAAGAAUAUCGCAAAAUUAAGAAGUCCAACCCCAACUACAACCAGGACAAGAGUCGCUGUGAAUAUCUCCACAACAAACUGGCUCACAUCAAGAAGCUCAUAUCGGAGUACGACCAACAACAACUCAGCGUGGAUCAUUCGAGUCACAACUGAACCGUAGACGAGUGAACUUAAGAGAGCACAACAAAUCGCCCUGAGGCAGGGGAGGUUCACGCUGCUGAGCUGGGAUCUGUGGUCUUCAUGGAUAAGCGUAGUCUCAUGAGACCGGCUGGGAACGCCUUUGAGGUUGGGAGUCCAUUUGUGAAAAGCAGCAGGGUGUACGCCGCCCAAAAAUAUGAGACUGUUUAAAGGCGGGAAGUUUCUUUUGGUUUUACCGAUGGACCGGACAGUGACGCGAUACUGCCAAGGACACGAGGAGUAACAAUGACAAAGUUAACCCUCUCACUCUUUAAAAAUGCAAACAGAGAAAUGGAGAGUUGAGGUGCUAAGCUUAAAAAACAUUUGUAGAUUUCCAUCCCCAGAGCACCUUUUUACUUUUGUUGUGAAAUAAAUCACUUUGGGUAUUUGCUUAUGUGUUAGCCACGUCGGUGUUAAAGACAGAAGCAUGAGAUAACUUCACGUUGUACAUACCCAGACAGCUCAUGGCGCACAUCCUCAGAAGACAUCUGUUCUUCAGGUUUUGACCUGAAAGUGUUGCUGUGUCACUUUUUUUCAUAGUAUUCCACUGAUGUUGUCUUUCAUGUGACUUUCCCCGGAGCACAGAAGACUGUUACGUUGAACAUAGUGCUAACUCGAAGUUGUAUUCAGGGAAUUUACAGUGUGUGAGCUGCAGUAAAAGUGUUUCAACUGAUUUUGGUUAUCAGAGUUAUUGUUACUGUAGGCUGAGCCUGUGAACAGAAAUCAAAAGACAUUGUUGCAUGCUGUGUAUUUUACAGAAAGCAUGAGGAAUAAAUCACGUUUUGUCAGUUUCAAAUAAAUUAAUUUGUAUUCAUUUUG